GUGUCUAGACAACCACGUGAUAGGGGAGAGAGGGAGAGCGAGAGAGAGAGAGGCAAGGGCACUUGGGCAGUUCGCGUCACUCUCAGACCUUGUGUGAGGAUCGCAUCAGCUCUUUGUGGCCGCUCCGCUUGCAUGUUCCUCCGGCACGGAGAGCCGCUGUUGGAAUAGAGGUUAACUGACAAAACACACGGAAAGCUGCUGAAGGAUAGCUUGACUGAGAAUUUAAACACGGAUAUUUAAAACGCAAACCACUUACACGGACACGAAACGCAACUAUUUAACUCCAAGCAGAUUUUUUUUGGCGAGGGACCUCUUAGGGUAACAGUAAGUCCUAGAUUUGCUCCUUCGUUUUGGGAAUCUAGAAGAUUGCUAUUUUUCAUCAGAAUCUACUGCAAAUCGACUGAAUUUGGAGGACCAACGUUAGUUUCGACGGAUACAGCUUGGAACACAAGGGAGACGAGACGGGCGACAGGCUUUGUUAGACCUUUAAUGUUGCAAUCGGAUCAAGGAUUGUGUGGAUUAUUUUGGAAGAAAAGCAGGACGCGGUUGUCCUUCAUGGAUGGGUUUCAGUCUGGGGUUUUUGCCUAAACUCAGCGCUCAAACACUUUCAUCGGUCCUAGGCUGCUUGUCACUGCCUGGAUUCGGAUCCCGGAAUCUUCAUGAUUUGCGGACAUCAUGCUCGUUUUUUAGCCGGGAAACCCUCUUUUCGUCCCGCAUGUUCAGGACCAAACGAUCGGGGCUCGUCCGGCGACUCUGGAGGAGCCGCGCACCCGUCGAAGGCGACGGGGAGACGGAUAGCAGCGCGCAUGGCUCCGGGGGCUGCUGCAUGGGGAAAUCCACUAAGGUUGUCAAAUCUAACCCCGGAACAGAGGCUGAGCUGAAAGCACUGACCCAUUCCAUACUGAAAAAAAUUAAAGAGAAACAAUUGGAGGUGCUCUUGCAGGCGGUAGAGUCGAAGGGGGGUGUCAGGAGCCCCUGUCUUCUCCUACCCAGCAAAGUGGACACCAAACUGGGUCAACAGUCUUAUUCCCUCCCUUUGCUGCUCUUCAAAGUGUUCAGGUGGCCGGACCUUAGGCAUUCCUCGGAACUAAAGAGGCUAUCUUGCUGUGAAUCCUAUGGGAAAAUAAACCCAGAACUCGUUUGCUGCAAUCCACACCACAUGAGCCGGCUUUGUGAACUUGAGUCUCCCCCUCCUCCCUACUCCCGAUACCCAAUGGACUUUCUUAAACCACCUGAUUCUCCAGACUCCGUGCCUGCUUCCACUGAAACUGGAGGAACUGUCUACUCUGCCCCUGUGGGGUUCUCUGGUAAGACCCUCUUUCUUUCUCUCUUUUAUCUUUUCAUCUCUCUGCCUUUUCCUCAACACCCCCCCCCCCCCUUCACCACCACCACUCCUGUGAUGCUGUAAAUCACUUGGAGGGUGGACUGCUGUCCCCACAGUAUGAUGUAAAGAGAGCCAUGUUUAUAGAGAUCCCCACUUGCUUUCGUCAGGGCCUUUGCCAACAUUUGUCUUUCUUUCCUUUUGUCCCCAUGCUGGUUUGUUUAAUAAAAUAAAGAAAGGAAGCAGAAGAUUGAAUUAACAAAUAUGCAAAAGAAAUGAACCCCAUGAGGAGUUAGAAGCUGUUGUCACUGUUGCCUGCUUUGACUGAGAUGUGUCAGAGGCGUUGGGAGAUGGAGAGAUGUCUGUGUCGGCCAUGUUAGGGGCUGGUUUCUUAACAGACAGUUUUGAAUGGCCUGUGUUUUGAAGUAUGGUUUCACAUCCUUUCUGUAAAGUCUUUUUUAUGAGUUUUUAUAACCGCAACUCUGCAACAGAGUGGCAUGCCAGUGUGUGUGUGUGUGUGUGUG